GACCCUAGCGCGGCGGGCACAGGCGGGGUUCCAGGAGGCGUGAAGACCCGAGGCGAGGGCGGCGACGAGGGCGUGAGCGGAGGACGGUUGGGCGCAUGGCGUGGGCGCCGGCGGCCGUCGCGCCCCCCGAACCUCGGUUUCUCCGGGUGUAGCCUGGGCCGCCCCGCGGGGCUGUGGGGCGGUGGCCCGCGUCACGUGUUCUCCGACCCCCGGGCGGCAGGGGAGGCGGCGUCCUGGGCUCCGGGACGUCUGUGCCGUGGACGGACGGGGAGACUGAGGCCCGGAAUCGGGACGUUCGCGUCGUCCGUCGCUUUCUGCGCGUCCCCAAGUGCAGGCUCUGAUGGCGACCGCGGCGCUGACAGACCCGGCGCAGGGCCUGAUGGCCUUUGAGGAUGUGGCCGUGUACUUCUCCCAGGAGGAGUGGGAGCUCCUGGACGCAGCCCAGAAGGCCUUGUACUGCCACGUGAUGCUAGAGAACUUCGCACUUGUGGCCUCACUGGGACUCUCUGCCUCACGACCACGGGUGGUCAUUCAGCUUGAGCGUGGUGAGGAGCCCUGGGUUCUCAGUGGGACAGUUGUGACACCAGUCAGGAAUGCUCCUCGGAAGCCCAGCCCUGGUUCCCGUCAUCUGGCAUACGACAGAGUUGUUCCAGCAGAAGCAGAGCUGCCAGGGUCCUUCCAUGAUGGCUCCCCUCCAGCAUCUACAAGGGUCCUCCCCUUCACUGGCAUCUGUGAGCACCGGAAGAGCCUGGAGGGCUGGCAGGGCAUUUCCCCCUCUCAGGAGAAAAAACCCACAGGGGUGUCUGUAAUCUAUUGGGAACAGCUCCUGCUAGGUCCUGGCAGUGGGGAGGCCAGUGUCAGUCUGCGCCUGACUUCCCCACUGAGGCCAGCUGAGGACUGCCCACCUAGGGAGAAGGCCCUUGUGACCCGCCCCAUGCCAGGCAAGCAGCUAAGGGCAUGUGGGCGGGGGGCCUCUCGGAGAGGUUUCUCCAAAAUUCCAGAAUUUGAAGCUGGUCUCACCUCUGGGGAAGGAGGAAAGAGUCCGGCUAGCCACAAGUCUCAUGGACACCCUGCUGCCCAGGAGCCCUCAGCCUGGGAUCAGCUGGGCAAGGCCCUCCACAUGGGCCCUGGCCUCCUCCCCGGGGAGAAGCCCUUCGAAUGUAGGGCGUGCAACAAGGUGUUCGUGAAGAGCUCCGACCUGCUCAAGCACCUGCGCACGCACACCGGGGAGCGGCCCUACGAGUGUGCGCAGUGCGGCAAGGCCUUCAGCCAGACCUCACACCUGACGCAGCACCAGCGCAUCCACAGUGGGGAGACGCCAUACGCAUGCCCGGCCUGCGGCAAGGCCUUCCGGCACAGCUCCUCGCUGGUGAGGCACCAGCGCAUACACACCGCCGAGAAGUCCUUCCGCUGCGGCGAGUGUGGCAAGGCCUUCAGCCACGGCUCCAACCUCAGCCAGCACCGCAAGAUCCACGCAGGUGGGCGGCCGUACGCAUGCGCCCAGUGUGGCCGCCGUUUCUGCCGCAACUCACACCUGAUUCAGCACGAGCGCACGCACACGGGGGAGAAGCCUUACACCUGUGCCCUUUGUGGGGCUGCCUUCAGCCAGGGUUCUUCUCUCUUCAAGCACCAGCGUGUGCACACGGGCGAGAAGCCCUUCGCCUGUGCACAGUGCGGCCGCGCCUUCAGUCAUAGCUCUAACCUCACGCAGCAUCAGCUGCUGCACACAGGCGAGCGGCCCUUCCGCUGCGGGGACUGCGGGAAGGCUUUCGCCAAGGGCGCGGUGUUGCUCAGCCACCGACGCAUCCACACGGGCGAGAAGCCCUUCGUGUGCUCGCACUGUGGCCGCGCCUUCCGCGAGCGCCCGGCCCUCUUCCACCACCAGAGGAUCCACACAGGAGAGAAACCUGUGCGGAGACCCCGGCGUGGGGCAGGCCUCUGCCCCCAGGCCAGGCCUUCUUCGGUGGCCUCAUCAGAGGGCUCACUGGGGAGGGAAGCGGGGCCCACUCCUGCCUCCAGUCCAGCCGCAGUCUCGAAGCCUGCUGAAGCCUGAGUUCACAGCUCCAGCCUUCCCUGGCUUGUCGUAACACAGCUGUGUUCCCUC